CAGAGUAUUGCUGCGGCAGGCGGGUCGGCUGGCUCUCAUGUCGGAGGAGCUCUGUGAAUGAGCUGCUGAGGUGAGCAGCUACAGCUCCUCAGGAGAGGAAUUAAACCCCAGUCCAGGAUACCUGCAGAGGCCUCAGAAGCAAAAUAUAAUAUUUUAUCAGCAUAUCUUCCAAGAGAUGGACCCAGCAUGGACCACCACUGUGCUCCUGGUGCCCUGUGUUGUCGUGCUGACAGCUGGAUUUUUCUACCUCUAUGAUUUCAUUAUUGGUCUGUUGUCAAAAACAUCAGUACGCAACAAGGUGGUGGUUAUAACUGACGCUCUAUCUGGGGUUGGAAAAGAAUGCGCAGGUGUGUUUCACAAAGGAGGAGCGAGGUUGAUCCUCUGCGGGAAAAGCUGGGAAAAACUUGAAGAACUUGCUGAAAAUUUGGCGAACGCCUCAGACCCCACUGUAACGUUUCCUCCUAAGCUGGUGCUGCUGGAUUUUGGAGAUAUGGAAAGCAUGCCUGAGGUGAUCGCAGAGAUCCUGGACUGUUACGGCUGCCUUGAUGUUCUCAUCCUCAACAGCAGCAUGAAGGUCAAAGCACCUGCACAGAGUCUGUCUCUGGAGAUGGACAAGUUACUGAUGGACAACAACUACUUUGGACCGGUCACACUGGCUAAAGGUGUACUGCCCUCCAUGAUCUCAAGGAGAACUGGUCACCUGCUCCUGGUCAACAGCAUUCAGGGGAAACUAGCUGUGCCUUUUCGCACUACAUAUGCAGCCUCCAAACAUGCGGUUCAGGCCUUCUUCGACUGCCUGAGAGCUGAGGUGGAAGAAUAUGGAAUAUCCGUCAGCACCAUCAACCACACCUUCAUCAGUCGCUCUGCGUCUGACAACACACAGGCAGCCUCCUCCAAAUCCAUCUGGUCAUUGUUGUACACUAAGAAGCCCCUCGGCGUUUCUCCAGAUGAGGCAACCACUGAGAUCGUCAAGACUUUAAACAACAAGAGGAGAGAGGUGGUAAUUGCUCCCUCACUCCCCAAGGUGGCCAUCUACGCCAGAUCUUUCUUCCCUAAUGUUUUCUUCGCUGUGAUGGCUGCAGGAGUGAAGAGCGCCGCUGCCUCGGAGAAGAUGUAGCACUGUACUGUACACAGUAUGCUGCCGUACACUGAAACAACAUGGAUAUACUUAUGAUUUAAGUAAUAUUUAUGACCUGUUGUUUGUGUGGAUUCAUGUUUUAUCCUGUUUUUCCAUUAAAUUUCUGAGCUACAUUGAAAAUGUGACCCCUCAGAUUGUAUUGAAACCCUGUCGAGUGUGCCCUUUACUGAACAAGUUGUAAUGACACCUCAGAUGUAUAGUUAUUUUUUCCAUUGUUUCUCCAUCACUAAGAUUUGUUUUCUGUUUAUUUUAAAGUUUAACAAACUUAAAAAAAAAGUGGUCAUCAAAGUGCACAAUUUGCAUAAAAGUAUUCCAAUUAGGAAGAAAAUGCUGCAUUUGUUCUUGUAUUUGUGGAAGUCAUUAUAUUAAGAAUAUCAUUAAUCAGAUAUUUUAUUUAAUCAUAUAUUUCUAUGCUGGGUUUUUUUGGUUGUUUGUUCUGGUUUUUUUUAGUUAAUGUAAUUUUAACAAUAGUUUAUGCUGGCACCAAAUCCACAUAUGCUAAAUGAAAAACUGCUAACAAUUUAUUUUACAUGCCUGUAAAUUCCUGUUUAUUUCCACAUGAUCGCUGGUAUUUGGUGUAAUUACAAGUAAAAUAGAAAGUGAUCAGCUAGUACACUUGUUUUGAAUGCUGAACAACACAACCCUGACACUUAAAUUCAGAGGACAACAACAUGAGCUGAACGAGCAAAAUGUGACAUGUGACAUGCUGCAAAAAUCCCCAAACUGCAGCGAUAGGUGAAGGUAAACUGCAAGUAAAAGUCCAACAGCAGCUAUGCACGAAUUCAAGUUACCAAUAAAUGAUCAUCACAACA